CUCAAAGCACGCACUGUUUACCAGCAAGUGUGGGACUGCACGGCACACCAAUCCCACCUUCCCUCCUGCUUCCAUCCUCAACGCCUUCGCGUCGACUUGGAUGAGUUUAUCCUAGCUGUAUCCGUGAACACUCAUGAUAACCGUGCAUUUCUGCUGAUGCUUGUAUCACGGUUGUUUUGCGAGCACUUGUUAUUUGUUCUUUCAUUCGAAACUACUUUUCCCUGUAGAUUUUUUGACAUCGAGGCUCCGUACGACGCGAAAAUCGACUGAUGUCGUACUAUCUAUCAUGUGAAAAAGGAGGUCGACGUUAAUACAGGGCACAGCACCCCCUAACUUUAUCGUUUCUCUUCCUAACCCCCAUCCACAAGCUAUAUCUCUAUCAUGGAACCUCAACACACCGCCAACAACGACGUGCCGCCGCCAACUUGGCCCACCUGGAAGCACAUUGCCCAACAAUUGUGGAUACGGACGGCUUCCGCCAUGUUUCUGUGCGUCUCGCUUUGGACGAGCCAGUUCCUUUUCACCCCCGACUCCACGGCGAUUAGUACCAGAGUCGUUAUAUACAUUCUCUAUCUCGUAGUCGUUCUUGCACCACUGUCCAUCAAACUCCCUCCACAUGAGUGGCUUGCGGCAUUCAUCGACCUUACCGGAAUCGCAUUACAUUUUCUUUUGGGCACCAGAAUGACACACCCAUUUCCUGACUCAUCACUCAAUGACAUCUUCAUGCUCAUACUCAAGGCCCCCUUCUUUUUCGCCACAGCUCAUCUCCUCACUGCAUCAGCCAUGACCUUCAUGCUGAUUUGCAUUGAGGGGGUGUUUGACUCUGAAAGGAUGGGUUUUUUUGGGCGCCAUAUUCUGUGGAUACAUGCCACAGUGGUUCUCCCUUUCAAGACUGUUGUAAGCAAUUUACUAUCAUCAUCACACAUGAGUUUCUUUCUAUUGUACUCUAACAGAUUCAAACUGACAGACAUUUUUAGAAACAAAGAUACACCAGUGGUCCCUGUUCUUUUUUUAGGCCUCAAUACAACCUUGCAACAGACACAGAGAAGUGUCUGAAAUGAAUCAAACAGCCAGCAAACUUGAAGACAGUGAAGAAAAUGAUGGAUAGUAACAAGUGGUUCUAGUAGUUCAGUAAACUAUUCUACAAAUAUUUCUCUGUAUGUAAAUUUGGUUAAAUGUGAUAUGGACC